UAAGACCAGGAGCAGGGGUCAGUUACAGUGAAGACGGCGCAAGUUGCGAACAGACCCUCUAGAAGUUGGUACCCGGGUUCCGCUCCAGCCUCUGAGGAGAUCCCAGCUCUCCCACUUCGGCCACGGCGGGUCUUGGAAUCCCAGGGAAUAGCAGGCGGAUGGAGAGGAGGAAAUCUCCGCCGGUCACUGGGAAUCCGGGCUUUGUGUGGCUGGUUCUCAGCUUGUCGCUCUCUGUCACCAUUGGCCGUCGCUGCCCAAAUAGUUUGCAACAUGUUGUGGCGGCAGUUCAGGACACCAACCUUAUAAAGUCAUUCCCCAAGGACUACAAAGUGUGGGUCCACGUAACUUCCAAUGACUUGAAUGCCACAGCCUGUGCCUACACAGUACUGGCCCUGCUUAAGAGAGACUGGCAAGCCCUGAAGGAGAAUGUCUGGGAGGGGCAGGAGAACUGGAAGCUUAUCGAGUGGAUACUGAAAGGACUGGACGAUCUGAAUUUGAAGGAAAAGAACGAAACCUGUACACGGCAGGAGCCAGUCUCGAAGCUGAUUAGUGUCACUCUGCAGGCCCUUGACCUUCUCAAGAGAUCCCACUGCAGCCCCUGCAACAACUGGGCUGGCCGCUGGUGCCCCCGGGACAGGGCAGCCACAGGGGAUGAUGUUCAUCAGGUGCCUCUGGUAACACCACUCCUGUCAGAUGACCGUGCUGGGGUGAAGAUUGACAUAGAAGGCAGCACAGGCAGCCCCAGACCGAGGAGGACUGGCCCCAGCCGCCGCACCCCUGGCUCUGAGGAGGAUGAAGAGAAUAGCAUAUCCCGGAACCCCUCACUGACUCCCACCUCCCACAGUGGCAACGGCACGCUCUGUACCUUGGCUCACAGCUGUCUCUUCGGGGCACCCAGAAGGCAGCCCUUCUGCCGGAAGUUAUUGCAGCAGUGGAGGAUUCUGGCUCAGGAGCUCCGGCGGGUGCGCCAAGGGAGGAAGGGACAACUUGUUGCCCGACUUGUCCUCCGUGGGAGGGAGUAGAUAAGUCAGGGCUGGCCCGGGGUAUGUGUGACACAGAGGGGGUGUGGGUCAGCAAACUGCUAAACGUGCCCUGCUUGACCCACUCAUCCCUGCCCCUUCACCACCACCGUCUCUGUGGCUCCUUAACAUCUCUAUCUGAUCCUUAGCCCCUUGCCCCACCUCUCAACAUCCUCCCCACACUUCCCUACCCAUGAACCCUUUGUCCCUGCUCUAGCCUCCCACCCACCGAUGCCCCUUCACCCCUCAUCCUUCCCCUUUAACCUUUUGCCCUACUCCUCUUCCGAUUCCGUUAAACCCUUGCCCUGCCCCUUCACCUUUCCUUGCCAUCUUAGCCUCUCUCGCCACCCCAUUCACCCUUCUCCCCAACCCUUCAGUCCUCUCCCCACCCAUUCGCCUUUCUCUCCAUGCCUUCACCUCACCCUCCCCAGCCCCUUCGCCCCUCUCCCCAGUCCUUCAUCCCUCUCCAUGCCCCUUCACCCCCACCUCCUCCUUUCACCCUUCUCCAUGCACCUUCAGCCCUCUCCCCACCCAUUCACCUCUCUCCCUGCCCUUCACCCCUCUCUGUGCACCUUCAGCCCCUGCUUUAACCUGUUGACCAGCUAGAACUCUCGCCAUUACAAUGCAUGACCACCAUCACUAUUUUAAUCCCUCUCCUUGUCUGCUCCCCUCCGCUGGGGUGAGAGCGAUCCUCUCCACACCCUUCCCACGGUGCUGCCUCACACAAUAGGAAGAAGUUGGAAUAGUUCUCUAACACCCCCUCCACCCCCACAACUUACUUGCAGCAUUUCCUUGUGAAUCUCACAACGAGAAGGAAACACCGCAAAUGAGGGGAGGUGACCAGUGAACAGGAGGAAGGAAGGAAGGAGCGAGAGAGAGAGAGAGAGAGAGGAGAGAGAGAGAGGAGAGAGGAGAGAGAGAGAGAGAGAGGAGAGAGAGAGAGAGGGAGAGGAGAGAGAGGAGAG